CUCCAUAGUUGUUUUCCGGAACCGGACCAACCGCACUGCUUGAACUGUACACAGCAGUGUUCAGCUCAGCCCACUUCACUCCACUGUUCGUUCUGAUCAACAACACAAACCCUAGCUCUCACCCCCCAAAUCACCAAAGCUUGCUUCAGCGUUUCCAAGUGAGAGAUGGGAACCAGAGGAGUUAUCAGUGAUAAAUGGUCUAUGAGGGUUCUCUGGUUCUGUGCCCUUGGAAGUGCAAUUGGCCUAUACAUGGUUGCUGUAGAAAGACAAACACAGAACAGGGAACGAAUGCUUGCUGAAGCUUUGAAACAAUCAGGUGCUGACAGUGGGGAGGAUGUUUAAAUCCAGACUUGUCUACAUGUCAGAUACCUGUAAUUUCUUUUCUUUGCAGUUUGCUUUGUAUCCUACUUGCGUCUUCUGUUUGAUUCGCAAGUUAUCUGUUAGGUUUUACAAAUCCCAGUUAGCCAAUUUGACUUUCAUAGGAUUAGAGUGUUGAUGAUUCAACAAUGAAAUAGAAGACCAACAGUUGAUUUUGUGUUCCAUAAAGUAUGUGUUUUCAGGAUGAUGUAUGAAUCUUCCCAGAGAGAAAGGGGAUUUAAAUUUCAAUGGAGAAGUCGAAUAAAACUUUGUUUUGAAUGGUCAAUGCGGUGAUUAAAUUUUAA